AUGAGCAUUUCGUCCUUCACCAUUCAGCCGCUGUUGGUAGCGGCGGGCAUCGUUGUCGUGGUGGCACUUGUCAAGGCAUUCCACCGUGGGUUCAUGACGCCAUUGCGUGCCGUGCCGGGGCCCUGGUAUGCCAAGUUCACGAACCUCGUCCUCAAGAAACAAAUCCUUUCUGGUAAAAGGAUGCACUACGUCCAUGGGCUGCACGAAAAGUACGGACCUGUCGUCCGCGUCGGCCCCAACGAGGUUGACUUUGCCGAUCAAGCGGCAUUCAAGGCCAUCCAUCGCAUCGGCGGCGGGUUCGAUAAGGAUCCCUGGUAUCGGUCGUUCCGGGUUGGCGAUUCGCAGGACGUCUUCUCCAUGACCGAUCCGAAGCAGCACGCUCAGCGCAGAAAGCUGUUCGCGCCGCUCUUCAGCAACUCGGCACUGAUGAGCAAUUGGGCACCCACCGUCAUUGACAAAGUAGAUCUGACAAUUCGCAAGAUCAAGGAAGAGGCUCUUCGGGAUGGGCAAGUGGAUGUCUUUAAGUGGUGGACUUUUAUGACAGCGGAUGUCAUCUCCCAUCUGGCCUUCGGAGAACCGUUUGGCCUGCUCAAUGAGGGCAAGAAAACAUACCACUUGCAAAAGAUAGAAGACGCGUCCAAGUUUGGGCUCUUAUGCUCCGAGCUCCCAUGGGUGCGAAACCUUGCCGAAUGGAUUCCCAUUCGGUCGGUCCUUGAAUUCAACGCCGAUGAGAUCGUGCAGAAGCUCGCUGAAGCCAUCAUUCGCAGGACUCGGCAGAGCGGCAUUGGCGCCCAGAACCUUUUCUCCAAAGUGAUAGCCGCGAAUGAAAAGGACAGUCAAUCCUUUACCGACUACCAAGUUGCAUUCGAGGCUGGAGGAUUUGUCGUCGCUGGGUCCGGGACCACGGCGGUCUCUUUGACGUACCUGGUGUGGGCUGUCCUUUCCAACCCGACUAUUCAGCAGAAGCUGGAAGCCGAGGUCGGCGCAUUGCAGGAAUCGUACACGGAUGCGGAGCUGGACAAGCUUCCGUAUUUAUCUGCGGUGAUUGAUGAGACACUGCGUAUCUAUGGCGCGGCCCCCGGUGCUUUGCCACGACAGGUGCCGCCGGGCGGUGCCACGCUAGCCGGAUAUUUUCUUCCCCAAGGCACUACUGCGAGCACGCAGGCCUACUCAUACCACAGGGAUCCCAUGGUGUAUCCUCAGCCGGAGAGGUUUCACCCGGAAAGAUUCAUCAGUCCUUCUGGUGAAUACCAAGCUCCAAGCCAGGGCGUCUUUGCCCCGUUCGGGGCAGGUUCGCGGACAUGUCUUGGGGUUCACCUCGCGCGUAUUGAGCUGCGACACGCGGCGGCCCUUUUCUUCCGGGAAUGUAAGGGCGCUCGCCUCGCGCCGCAGACAACGCCUGCCAGCAUGGACAUGGUCAACUUUUUCCUCGUCAGUCCUAUGUCGGAACAGUGUUGGAUACAGCUCUAG